AUGCCCUCCAAGCUCUCCUCACGAAGCUCCCUCAUUAUACUGGUUGCCCUGCUGCUGGCUGUGCUCUUUCUAACAGCCUCCCGCCUUCACAAUGCCUCACCAGCCUUCUCACACCUUGUUGAGGACUGGUCCUAUCGGCCAAGUGCUAGUAGCAGCGAGGUCACUCCAACAAAGGAUGCUGUUCACGAUGGUAUCCCUCCUCAGGGACCUCUCCAUGCACCGACCGGCUCUAAGCCCGUCAAGAUCAACGAUGUUUCCCCACCAAACCCUGCGAUACAGGCUUUCUGCUCCCAUGACCUUGAUCUCCUCCGCCAAAAGGAUCUCGGCCUGACCCAAAAAGUUCUUUAUACCCGACGUUGCGUUCGCCCCGUUUACAAGUCUACAACGGACCCUAGUGUUCUCGCCAACGUCACCGAUGACCCCUUCUUCACGAGCACAGUAACCAUCGACCUCCAAAGCAGCGACUCUUGCGUAGCCGGGACAAAACCUCCGCCGUGCGAGCCACUCACUCUCCAUGUCCCUCCUGCUUAUCCCGACCCAACCGACUCCCACUACCGACAUUUCCUCUUUGGCGUGGCAUCAACCUACGACAGGGUAGAGUCAUCUCUUCCUGUCUUUAAGCACUGGAUGGCCAACACCGGCGCACGCAUCGUUUUUGUUAUUACCGACGCCCGGCGCAACGAUCGCCCCCUCGACUUAGACGCUCUCAGAAAGAAGUACCGUGCCGAAGGUAUGCGUGCAGAAGUGAUCUCCCCGCAAUGGACAUCCCCUCUCCCAAGGAAAAACAACCUUCAUCCAAACCCCGACGAUCCGAUGCCUACCGAACAGCUGCACUUCCUUAUGAUCCGGGACAUGCUCCAUUUCGUGGCCCAUCCUUCCGUGGAAGACACCCUCGGCGAGGACGACGAAAUCUUCCCUGAAGUUCACUGGCUGGGUAUCCUCGACGACGACACCUUCUUCCCUCACCUCCACCCCGUCUCCAAAGCCCUGUCCAAAUACAACCACUCCCAACCCCUCUACCUCGGCGCCCUAUCCGACAACUUCCACGCCCUCCAAGACUGGGGGUACAUCGCGUUCGGUGGGGCAGGCGUCUUCCUCUCAGUGCCCCUGGCCCAGCAACUCAACCCACUACUUGAGACCUGCCUCGCAGAAACGGACAUCUCCUCAGGAGACGGGAUGCUAGCGGCGUGCGUGUACGCCAAAACCACCGCCAAACUGACACUCAUCCCGGGCCUGUGGCAGCAUGACAUUAGGGGUGAUCCCGCGGGCGUGUUUGAGGGCGGUCGUGGCAGGCCGAUGCUCAGCCUGCACCAUUGGAAGAGUUGGUAUCAUGCGCCAGUGAGGGAAAUGGCGGGGGUAGUGAAGGUGUGUGGGGAGUGUUUUUUGCAGAGGUGGCGGUUUUGGCCUCCUAUGUCGGUGGUGGAUGAUGAUGGGAGCCUGAGGGGAAGGGAAGCGGCUGGGCAGGGGACGCCGGACGCGGUUGUGCUGACGAAUGGAUGGAGUGUUUCUGUUUAUCAGAGGGGGUCUUUGGCCGAGGGAUUUGAUCUGGACUGGACGGAGGCGACGUUCGAUAGUGCGCCAGGCGAUGGGAGAUAUGAUUUCACGUAUGGGCCGUUUAGGAGGAGGAUGGAGGAGCAUGAGAAGAAGAGUUACCGGCUUGCUUUAGUUGACGGGCCGAAGGAGGUUGAGCCAGAGGGUACUGAGACUGCUUCAAAGGGUGGGUGGGGCAGUAGUAAGAAGGCCGAGGGGAAGAGGAAGUUCCGGCAGAUAUAUGUGCACAAGGCAAAAGAAGAGGGAGGGAUGGAUGAGGUUGUUGAGUUAAUGUGGGAGGUCUAG